CCAGGGUUGAAGUGCGAGUCCAUUCAUGUUUUUAGAAGCAAAACAAAAUGAAAUUCCGGCCCCAAACGCUCCAAAACGCUUGAAAUUUGUAAACUUCGUGAAUUUUUACAUUGUUAUUGACUUGGUUUUGAAAUAACUGCAAAUUAACGGGACAUAACAUGGACAUCGACAAAAUCGAGAUAGCCUGGGAACCGGACGAUGGCGACGAAGAGUCAAUUGAACAGGACGUCGACAUGGCACCAAUGGCAGUUGCUUCCGGUUUAUCGGAAUACCCGCUGGUGAACCGCACCGUUGGCGAUGAGAACGGAGCGAUCCGGUGUCUGUUCCAUGUUUGCAAGCGAUUGUUUUGCGGACAAAAAGUAAAUCAGAACUGCGAGUGGUUGGUGGAGGCCCACAGUAUCGAAGCCUUCCGGGAGUAUCUGUGGGAGCUAAUUCGACCACACAUAAAACGGCCGGUCAAAUUUGAUGAGCCCGAGGUACGCCGAUACGUCGCUGUUAGCUGGGAUGAACCGGCGCAUCCAACGAUUCAAGAUGCUGGUCGCUACGUUUUGUUUUCUCUGAAGGAACAACGAAGGAACUUUUCCUGGGAUUCUCUAACCCCCAGAAAACUGAUAACGUGGAAUUCGGGUACGAUUUUACUGAGCAUACAAGUGUACUCGAAUGCAGUUACUUGCCGACAGGCCUAUGAAUCGGUUAUGCACACAUUGCUAUUCAGCCCUCGGCCAGCCAAAAAAGCGGAACCUCCAAAAAAGGUGUCCAAAGUGUUACCUGAGGACGCCGAUGGCUACAACUUCCGGGACGAAGUUCGGGCCCUUAGGGAAACUUUCAUGCAAAUGCGGGAUCUGAUGCACAUACUGGACAAUCGAAUCUCGCUCUUGGAGGAAAAGUGCGACCAGCUGGUCCAAAAGGAACCGUACAUCCAGCUGCAGCAGGGAGCCAUCCCGGUCCAGGUGGUCGAUGUUAAGGAUCUGGGUUUCCUGGAUCCGCUGUUGCAGCCGAACGUUGAAAUUAAACAGGAAGAUGAUCCUGAACAAGAUGACUAGAAUGAUGGAAGUACAAGUAAGAUUUUUUUAUUGAAUUAGUUGAGAAAUCCUUUUUUUUCCUUUUCGAUUUAUGGACAGAUUUAUGAAGAUUCCAACUAAAGUUAAACAAUUGAUUUAUUUCUGACUUCAUCAUCACAAUUUUUUUUUUUUUUUU